AUAUCUGCGUUGCUUUCGGCUGUCUGUCUUGCACCCCUCCCCAGCUUCUCUUUCUCCUUAUUUUUACUGGUGUGCAAGAACAUGCUAUCUCAGCAUCAACCCUCUGCGCCGUGUCGGUGUGAGGACGCGCCGCUCUGCCUAUUCAUCCGGCUUUCAGCUCUCUCUUAAACACGUAAAGCGGACAGAAAUCUGCGUCCUGCCAGAAGCCGCGUAGCGGACGCAUCCAUGGAGCGCCUCUCCUUCCGCCUACGGCACUCACUUUGCACGGCAUUACGGUUUAAAAUAAUAUAAGAAGACACAUUACGCCGAGAAGGCAAAUCGAAAGCAACGGGAGGGGGGAUCUCCAUGGAAAAGGUAAUCGCUUACUGGAAACCUCUCAUUAUUGGACCCCAGAUCUGGCCCCAUCAAGAGAUGCUCACCCAAAAGAAGAUUAAAGCGAGAAGGAAAAGGCGAAAGGAGUUGUUUUGGGGGCAGAUGAGCUUCAUAGGCUUGUCCCUCCUGUGCCUGUCGGCUCUGUCUUCUCUGGCUGGACAUUCAGGAUUCUCCGUGUCCGGUGCCGUCAGCGCUGACAGCCGUGCCAGCUGGGGCAGUCGCCGGCUGCUGCAGAUGCCAAAGAGGAACGAGACGGUGCACAAGCUCGAGAAGAACUGCACGGAACCAGCUCUGAACGAAUUCCCCACGGACCUCUUCUCCCAACGGCAGCGGCUGGAAGGAGCAUUGUUACUGCACAUCCUGUGUGCUGUGUACGUUUUCUUCGCUCUGGCCCUGGUCUGUGACGACUACUUUGUCCCAUCGUUGGAGAAGAUCAGCGAGCGGCUCCAGCUCAGUGAGGAUGUGGCGGGGGCCACGUUCAUGGCAGCGGGAAGCUCUGCUCCGGAGCUCUUUACCUCCAUCAUUGGUGUCUUCAUCACCAAGGGUGAUGUUGGCGUUGGCACCAUCGUGGGCUCUGCCGUCUUCAACAUCCUCUGCAUCAUCGGCGUUUGUGGGAUCUUCGCCGGCCAGGCGAUCCGUCUCUCCUACUGGGCUCUCCUGAGGGAUUCCGUGUACUACACCAUAGCUGUGGCAGCAUUAAUCCUGGUUAUCUAUGAUGAGAAGGUUUCCUGGCAAGAGUCUUUGGUCCUGAUUCUAAUGUACCUGGUCUACAUACUCAUCAUGAAGUUCAACUCGCCAAUGCUGCGCUACUUGGAGCAGAGGAAUAAGGACUCGGCGAGCCUGGCCAACGGGACGGGCGCCAACAUGGACGCCGACGACGGUAACUGCGACGCCACAGUGGUGCUGCUGAAGAAAGCCAGUUUCCGUGGUAAGCAGUCUGUGCUGAUGGUGGACGAGCUGCUUUCAGCCUACCCCCACCAGCUGACCUUCUCCGAGGCCGGCAUGCGCAUCAUGAUCACCAGCCAUUUCUCCCCUCGCACGCGCCUCACCAUGGCUUCCCGCAUGCUCAUCAUGGAGAGGCAGAGACUGAUCAGUGGCAAGUCCUUCAGUAACGGCGACUCUGAUGUGGUGGGCAAGGUCCCCGGGAGGCGGAACUUAGACGACAGGCUGAGUGGGGCAGAGAGGGGUGUCAAAGGCCAACAUGGCUGCCACGCCAUGGAGGAUGGGGAAUGCAUGGAGCCCGGCACUGACACCGAGAACGAGGACAAUGAAAACGAGGAGGAAGAGGAGGAGAAUGAAGGACCCUUUGUUCCUUUUCACGUUCCAGAGGGGCCCUGCCCCAGGCUGAAGUGGGCCUUGGCAUGGCCUGUCAGCCUGCUGCUGUACUUCACCGUUCCCAACUGCGCCGAACCGCGCUGGGAGCGUUAUUUCCUGGCCACGUUCUUCAUCUCCACGCUGUGGAUCGCCGCCUUCUCCUACGUCAUGGUGUGGAUGGUAACUGUGAUUGGAUUUACACUGUGGAUCCCUGAUGUCAUCAUGGGUAUCACCUUCCUGGCGGCUGGCACCAGCGUGCCCGAUUGCAUGUCCAGCCUCAUUGUGGCGCGACAAGGCCUAGGAGAUAUGGCCGUCUCCAAUUCCAUCGGCAGUAACGUCUUCGACAUCCUCGUGGGGCUGGGCUUGCCUUGGGCGCUGCAGACGCUGGCUGUCGACUACAACUCCUACAUUCGUAUAAACAGCAAGGGACUUAUCUACUCUGUGGGACUUCUGCUGGCGUCAGUGUUCCUCACAGUCCUGGGAGUGCACUUGAACAAAUGGACCUUGAAUCGGAAGCUGGGGCUGUUCUGCAUGCUUCUAUACUCUGUCUUCCUAUGCGUCUCUAUCCUCAUUGAGUUUAAUGUAUUCACUUUCAUCAAUAAACCCACGUGUCGUGACCUGUGAUUCCACCCCCCCCCCAUCCCACCUUACACGUUUAUACUGCUGGCCAUAGGCAGCAGCAGGGAGGGGGUGACUUGUCUCUCUCGCAACCCUUUUCUGUGUCCCUGGUUACGGACCACAGCUCAGCACUCAAGGGUGUGUCUUUGAGUAUAACCACUCCGAUAGGACAGAGAUCAAUAUUUUUGAUGACUACUGCCUGCUUUAAUGUGAAACCAACAAGGUUUUUAAAUUUUGUAUGAGUGAGUAAGACUGAAUCAUGAUUAUUCAUCACCACUACCUUUUGCAGUGAGAUACAUUCUACUGGCUGCUGACUGUCUGGCUUCGAAGCUAUAGACUGAAGGGACUUGUCACAACUUUUUGCUUUAACCGUUCUGCGCAGUACUGGAAUUUGCCAGAAAAAAGAAAAUUGGAAUAGGAAAGUACGGAUCACCUCAUGCAUAUGUAAAUAUUUGUGGAGGGAAAUUUGGACACGGGCUAUUUGCACAGAAAGGAUCUUCCUGCUGCAGAAAGGACACUCGGGUUCUCCAAGGAUACGAGAACCUCUGUGAUUUGUGGCUUUUUCUGCUUUUGUCUGCACCCGCGUGCCGCCGAAAAGACUACUGUUUAUUUAUUUAUUGAAGGUUAUUUAUGUGCUUUUGCCUUUUGUUUGAAGUUCGUCUGCGUUCUUGCUCAACCUGACAGCAUUAAUUGGUCCUUUUUACUCUCCCUGCCCCUUUCAAACUGUCUCCUUUCAUUAAAUAAACUGGCAUUCCUCCUCAUUUUAUACAGAUCAGUGUUGAUGGGACAGUUAGCAUAUAUACAUGUGCACAGGCACAAGAUUGGAUACAUUCAUCUUUACGCACGACAGUGACUCAUGAGAGUUUUACUUGCACAAAAACAUUCUGAGGCCAGAAAUAAAAAUGACUGGUUAUCUGCCUGAACCAUAAUAUAAUCAGAUUAUACCGAAGGUGGAUCCAAGCAACUAGAGGAGGCGGGACCAAGACAUAAUUGGUUAGGCCAGCCUCUUCUACAAUAUGAUUGGUUAUCUGUCUGGAGCAAUCAUUUUUCAUUCUGCCCUCAGAACAUAUUUGGGUAAAUACAACGUCCAUGAGCUUUAAAGUGGUGCCAUUGGCCUUCAUAUAUCUGUUCCAUGUUCAGCUCAGCCUUGUGAUACUGGUUUUGUGUACACUGACCCCUGCUGGCUGAUUGGCAGGAUUCCAUUCCUGGUCCAUUGCAGUUGACUGAUCCUUUCUUGAAGCACCUCUCCGUGUGAAGGCAUAUAGAGGUAUUGUCUCUGAUUCCAGGCUCUGUGGAUCUUCCGGUUUAGCAAAGUGCUAUAGUUAGCACAAUAAAGAUCUUCAGGCCAAUGCAUUAGGUUGCAUCCAUCCAUCCAUUUUCUGUAACCGGUUAUCCUAUUCAGGGUCAUUGGGGGCCUGGAGCAUAUCACGGAUGCCAUUGGUUGAUUCUAGCUUUUAAAAGUAUUGUAGGAAACAUAAAUCAAUAUCUUACAAUAUCUUAUUUUUGUUAGCUGAUUCACACUUUAGUAAUGCGUGUGUGUGGUCUGCGGUGUGUUGGCACCUGCCCAGGGUUGGUUCCUGCCUGUGUCCUUUGUUCCCGGGAUAGGCUCCGGUCCCCCCCCCCCCCCCACCGUUGGGAUUCAGUGGUUUCAGAAAAUAGAUGGAUGGAUGGAUGGAUGCCAGUUUGCUUUGGCGUUCAUCUGUCUCGAUCAGCCUGACCAAAAGUUGUUUGGUGUUCAGGAUGCCCCAGUGUUCAGGAUGCCCCAGGUCCGGAUAGGUUUUUUCCCCAAAGCACCGGACUUCAGCGCACACCCAUGCAUGGACUCCGCUCGUUGUCAGAAACACAAAUGGAAGAAACAUGAUCCGCAGUUUUAUACGCACUUUUCCUUCGUAGCCUCUUCUGAAAAGGCUGCCGCAUGUACAGCUGGGUCGGCUUCCACGAGCUUUACUGCCGUCUCCAGAGCCGUUCCCAGUGGCCCCUGUGCUAGGUGUCAUUAUCCAAUGUUUUUAAAAACGUUUUAAUAUCAGCUUCAGUCAAUGAAACUAGCUUAACGUUUUAACAUCUACGUGCAUAUAUCUACAUGGAUAUGUGAAGAUCUCGCACAACAAGAAGUUCCCCAGUCGUGCAACGUUCCAUGUUUUUUAAGCUUGUUCUUUGACGGUUAUUGUACCUGUAUCAUCAAAUCAACUGUAUGCAGUGGCACUGCAGUGAUUCUAUGUAAAGGGGCGUCCAUCCCCUGGCUGUUAACAGUCACCUCUGAAAUAGCCUUUUGGGCCACUAGCAUUGCCAAGUUACUUGAAAUAUACAGUUACAGAAAUUUGUGUGUAGAGAAUCAGAUUUGACGCCUUUGGAAAGUGUCCAUAUUUGGCGGGAGACUCCUUGACUUUUCUGUCCUUCUUGUCGAUGUUGUUUUGCUUCCCUUUCGUAAUUUGAUGGAAUUUUACGUUUUGCUGUUGAUAUGGUUUUCCUUUUAAGUUUUUUGUGUUUGUUUGUUUUCUGUUUUUUUUUUUUUUUGGGGGGGGGGGGGGAUGCUGAAACAAACAUGAAAACUAACAUUUAAAAGGACAUAAUACUGUUAGCAGGGAACGUGCUCAGUAACCAUGAAGGUUUAAUGACUUUUUAUUUAAGGCAAUAAUUAUGAUAUUAUAUACAAGAAAUAUAUAAUAUUUUUUACAAGUUUUUAUAACUAUCUUUGUGUGUAUAUUGUGUAAUUAAAAGGUAAAUUGCAGCACCCCUAAUAGCAUAAUAGUGCAGUACAUUCUUUUUACCACAAGAGGUAGUAAUUUUACUACAACGUUGUAGCAACCUGUUAAAAAUUGAAAGAUGCUCCACAGACGCCAGUUAAUGCGCGAACCCAUCUCUGCUUAACUGACCAAGCAUUUAGACUUUAUUUAUUUAUCUAGUUUCACCGCAACUUUGAUUCGCCGAUUUUUAAUACUAAAAACUGUAUUUAGAAAGAGCCUCAAUGCUCAUGAUCAAAAAAGUUUCAUAUUAUGAAAGCAUUAAAUCUUUUAGAACUAAACUCAUUAACUGAACUACAGGAUUCAUAUAAGUAUAUUUUAUAUGAAGACAGUUUUAAUUUGACAUUUAAGUAUGGCUGUCCUCCAUGUCAUGUGGUAGUACUGUACACGUGUGCACGCAUGUAUGUGUGUCUAUGUGCCUUUGCAUCGUAUGACUGAUGUUUGUCACCAUAGCUACCUUCAGGAUUUUGCUUUUUCUAGAGUUCAGGAGUUCUAUUUUGUGUUAAAAAUAUAUAUUUUCUUUUUGUAAUAUUCACAGGGUGUACACAAAUGCAUAAAUAUAUUUAAUAUAUACAUUUGUUUUAAUUUAUACAUGUUAAUUACAUAUAAAAACAUAAAUUUGAGCUAGAUUCUUGGUCCUCUGCACUAUUUCGUUUAGAUUUGUUAUGGAAAAGACAUUUGGUUACUAAUAGUAAAAUUGAACUGUAUUAAUAUACUGUAUUUCUGUUACUGCCAUAGCCUGGUAAUUAUAUUGUAAAUUGGACAUGGGGUUCUAACAUCAAUACUUGCAUUGAUUUAGGCCACUGGCAGAGUCCAAGGUCACAUGAGGUAGCAUAGCAACUACAAUUUCCGUAAGGUGGGUUCGAGGCUGGGCUUCAGUAACUGUCCUGGGUGAGGUCACGAGCUUUCCCUUCCGUGGACUAGAUAUGAAAGUGUGGAAAUGAUCAUAUCUGAAUCUCUGUAUGUUUUGGUUUCUAUGUGGGGACCAGACAGUCCCCCCCCUAUAUUCUUACAGUUGUCUUAUAAAUCGUAUAUGUUUGUAUGUUAUUUUUCCUGGAGCCGAGCUCAUUUUGGGCAAACAGUUGCCAGACGUGUCUAGUUUUGGAACAUUUGAGGAUUUAUGUCAUGAUGAAGAUGAUGUGUGAAUAAAUUAUAUAUGAAAUUA